UUCAGCACUGGGAAGGAGACAGCUCCCUCCCCCCCAAAACCCAGCGCGCCUCACGUUGCUUGGGUCCCCGGUUAUUGAUAACACAAUUUACCCACUGGGAUCCAUCCCAGUAACGUGAAACUUGUGGAUAUAGAGGCUGGAAACACAAAACACAUCUCGGGCGGAUGAUCAACAACGGUGUGCGUGUUAUCGCCGACAAAUAGAAAUCCGAGCCCACCCUUCACUUGACAACGCAACAUCAACCAGGCAGAAAGUAACCUGCUGUAUUGGGGAAACCCCUGAUGAGUGGGACCUGUAUCCAUGAGCCCCGCGCCCCUUCCCCUUCCCUUUCAGGAUUCAGCACACCCAUCUCAGAACCACCAUAUCGAAGACUCGAUGGAGACACCCCUGCUUGCACCCCUGAAACUGACCUGACCCCGACACAGUGUGUCCUCCGUAACGUGCUGUCCAUUGACACCGGUGGACAGGGUGCUCCCGGUGGAAGCAGCCCCACUCCUAGUGAAGGACCCUCUGCCCACUUUGACAACAGUGUGCUAAAACUACAUGAACAUGAUGCCUGUCAGUGUGGCGUGGGGGCUGAGGCCGGGCACAGUCCAGAGGCUGGAGCUGUUCGCAGCCAAUCUGAGAACAUUCGGCUACAAUCAGGAAGUGGAGGUUUUUUGGAAGGACUGUUUGGCUGCCUGAAACCAGUCUGGACUAUGAUUGGAAAGGCCUACUCUACUGAACAUAAACAUAGCCAAGAAGAAUCCUGGGAGGUUCCUUUUGAGGAAAUCUCUGACCUGCAGUGGGUGGGAAGUGGGGCGCAGGGGGCCGUCUUCCUUGGGAAGUUUCAUGGUGAAGAUGUCGCUGUAAAGAAAGUGCGGGACAUCAAAGAAACAGAGAUUAAACACCUGCGCAAACUGAAGCACCCCAACAUCAUUACUUUCAAGGGCGUCUGCACUCAGGCUCCAUGUUACUGUAUCUUGAUGGAAUACUGUGCCCAAGGCCAGCUGUAUGAGGUGUUGAGGGCAGGACGUAAAAUCACCCCUUCUCUUCUGGUUGACUGGUCCAUGGGUAUUGCAGGAGGCAUGAACUACCUACACCUCCACAAAAUCAUUCACCGAGAUCUCAAGUCGCCCAACAUGCUGAUUACGCAUGAUGACCUGGUGAAGAUUUCGGACUUUGGCACUUCAAAGGAGCUCAGUGACAAGAGCACCAAGAUGUCAUUUGCUGGAACCGUAGCCUGGAUGGCUCCUGAAGUAAUUCGAAAUGAGCCAGUAUCAGAAAAGGUGGACAUCUGGUCUUUUGGAGUGGUGCUUUGGGAAAUGCUAACUGGAGAGAUCCCUUAUAAAGAUGUGGACUCAUCUGCCAUCAUCUGGGGUGUGGGAAACAACAGUCUUCAGCUUCCCAUUCCCGAGAGCUGUCCUGACGGUUUUAAGAUCCUUCUCAGACAAUGCUGGAACUGUAAGCCCAGAAAUAGACCAUCUUUCCGUCAAAUUCUUCUACAUCUGGAUAUAGCAUCAGCGGAUGUUAUGUCGACUCCACAAGAGACGUACUUCAAGUCUCAGGCUGAAUGGCGAGAAGAGGUGAAACAGCACUUUGAGAAGAUUAAAUCUGAGGGUACUUGUCUCCACCGACUUGAUGAGGAGCUGAUCAACCGACGCAGAGAGGAGCUCAGGCACGCUUUGGACAUUCGUGAGCACUAUGAGAGGAAGCUGGAGAGGGCUAACAACCUUUACAUGGAGCUCAGUGCUGUCAUGUUGCAGCUGGAGCUCAAAGAGAAAGAGUUGCAGAGGAGAGAGCAGUCUUUGGAUAAGAAGUAUCCAGGCUUGUUUAAGCACCAUAGCUCCAGGCAGAGCAGCUCAUCCAACUCCAUGGACAAGCUCAUCAAGAAGAGAAAUGUGCCACAAAAGCUGCCCUCUGGAAAGAGGCCAGACAUACUCAAGUCUGAGGUAAUUAUUCCCAAAAUGGAUUCCUCUGUAAUGCAAGUCACCAUCCCAGCCUGCCCCAACAGAAGCUCGACUUCUCCUAACCGGUCUCGGAGGGUAAAGACCCGGCAUCGCAAGCCUGGUAAGGGCAGCAGCGGAGAUCUGGCUGGACUAAAGGCGAACCAGUCCUCCCCUAACAGGGACUCCACAGCCCAGCCAGCCAUUUGUACCACUAACACCUCCAAACAGCUCUUGGAGCCUUCUGCAGCAAUGCGGGCCCUCAGCCAUGAGCAACAGCAGAGACAGCUUUCCUCCUCCAGCCCUGACCUCAUCUGCACCACGUUAGAGGCAAAUGGUCAGGGAAAAGGGGAAUCCUCUGUGGGGGGCCUGGAGAGAGGGGGAAGUCUUAGUGCCUCUGCAGGUUUAGGGGGGUCAGAGGUGGGGGCAGCUGGCCUUGAUGAUCUCACAGAAACUCCUCCACGCAGUGACACUCCCAGUGAGGAUGCUGCAUCAUUCCCGUUCUCUAGCAGCCCCGACUCACCAUGCGGGAGGGGAGCAGCAGCAGGACGUGGAUCUCUGGGAUCUCCACGCCUGCCUCACGAUGGGGAGGAUAAAGAGGAGGGAGCUGGUGCUGUGAGGUUGCCCCGGGGGGCUUCAGGUGGUACUGGGAGUCAGCACCUCACACCUUCAGCCAUUCUGUACAGAGCAGCAAUCACACGCAAACAGAGGCGUGGAGUGUCAUCAGAAGAGGAGGAGGGUGAAGUUGACAGUGAGGUUGAGUUACCACGGAGACGUCGCCCGACCAGCAUCACAAAGUGUCAGUCGAUUUCUACCUUCAGCUCAGAGAACCUGUCGGUGUCGGACGGCGAGGAGGGCCACACGACUGAUCACUCUCACAGUGGUACUCCUGACGUGGUCAGCACCAACACUGACGACAGGCUGGAUGAUCGCAGUGACGACCUCCUCUCUCAAGGGUCGGAGAUCCCAGCAGACAACACCGAUCCUGCACAGGCUUUCGAUGGCCUGUCAGAGAGGGAUGGAGCUCUGGGCCAGGCGAAAGCCCAGCUAGAUGUCGGGCAGAAUCCAAAUGAGAGUCGGGCCCUGUGUGAUGACUCUGACUGUGACAGUGCUGAGCUGGAUCAGUCAGGCAGCGGAGAACCCAGUCGACCCUCAAGUGCAGGAGCAUGGGUGGCGCCAUCGCAGCUCUAUCAGGGGUCACCACAGGUGCCCCAUGCAGGACCACCAUAGACCACUGGACACCAAGACAGGUCUUCGGCUUCAGUGACCAACCAUCAUAAGCAUACACUAAUCUGUCAGUGCAGUACAUUACUGUUGUCAUGAGGGACACACAUACUACACCACUCAGACUAUGACAAGUUGACUUGUCUCAUAAGUUUGUUGGCUGGCAAACCUACAUCAGAUGACAUAGGACAUUUGUCAUAACCUGACAUCAAAGAUUUUGGCAGCUUGUGACAUAUACAAAUAUGUCAAUUCCUUCUGUAAGUUUUUUAGGCAAAAUAGUUGCCAAGGUAAAUUUAGUCGCUGCUCCCAUUCAGCAAAAAACCUUCCACAAAUGCACAUGCACGCACAAGAUACCACACUCACAGUCCUUUAAUCAUUCUAACCCUCACUCUGGGAAUAUACUUCAUGAUACUCCAUACACUAAUACAUUAAAUACUAAUAAAUAAUAAUGUAAAUAUCCAAAUACUUACCACAAUAAAUAUCUAACUUUAUUUUAUUUGUAUGAUAAAAUGUAAGACUAAACAAUAUGCAGCCCUGUGAACAAAUGCAUGACUACAUGUUUAAUAAUUUAUGGGUUGAAUAUGUCCAUUUUCUAUUUUGUGAAAGUUUACACUUUUUUAAUACUGAAAGUAUUGCUUGAGUUUGUUUUUGUUAAUAAAUGUCAGCACUUGGAAAAAAAAAUGCCGAAAUGGAAUGAAAGUCUUACCAAGAUGUCGAUCAUGAUGCAUAUUUAGAAUUCGCAGUAGGUAAUUUUUUUUUACUGUCCUGCUGCUGAGUUUCAAAUUUGUUGCAAGACAUUCGUUGAGGUUUUUAUUAAUCUUAUCAAAUAUGUGAUUUGGAGACAUCUGGGUUUAAGCUAAAUGCACUUCUGUCGUAUUUAUCCCUGAUCUUCAGAAAUUAUUCAAACCCCACACUUUGGACAUUUUAUUUUAAGAUCAUAAAAUUGAAAGCUCUUUUACAAAUGUAUUCACACCCCUAAAUCAGGAUCAUAAGGAAAAAAAUUUGAGAUUUGAGUCUUAGGGCAUCGGAAUUGCUCAGUCAUCAUUUGGGUUCUCCUAUCGCUGUGUUCCUUUUCACCUCCUCGAAUAGAACCCUUUCGUCCAGUUAACCAGUUUGUUAGUUGAGUGGACUCUAGGAGGAAAAGAUUAGUGGUUCUACAUUAAUUUUAUUACAUUACAGUAAUUCGGCUAUGGUGCUCCUGUAAUCACAGACUUUUAAAAUGACUGUUUUCUCUGAUCUGUGCUUUAUUACAAAAUGUUACUGCAGAGGACUGCAGGCAUGUUCUUGGACCUUAUGGCUUAGUGUUUAUUCUCAUAAGCAGUGUGAAGUGUGGGAACUUACCUACACAUCUAUGUGCCUUUUCAAAAAUUGCACACACUUGACCACAAUGAAUACACCACUGAGGAACGUGAAUACUUUUGUAAAUGCAGUAUUUCAGUUUUAAAUUUUUAAUAAAUUUGUGAAACAGUA